AUGAAAGGGUGGUAGAAUUUCAAAAUAAUUUGUUAAAAAGUGAAUUGUGAAGAAAAAGAAUUAUUAAAGAUUGAUGAGUUUGAAAACAAUCCCUAUAUAAUUGGGAAUAAAUAAUAUGAAGAUGGGUUUAUUUAAUAUUAAAUUCCUUAUUAAGAAUGUGUAUCAUUAAAUGACUUAUAUGAUGCUAUUGUAUUUAAUAUUCAUUUAUUUAGAAAUCUUAAUAUGUUGUCAUCUUUAAAGCCUAAGCCAUCUUAAUUAUUUAAGCCAUUUUAUAACAUUUAUUUAAAAUGGCUGAAAAAAAAUUAUGUCAUUGUUAAUUGAAUUUAUACAAUAUUUUUAUCAAACUCAAGAACGAAUCUAAUCAAUUUACUACUUAUCAAUCAAUUAUAGAAAUAGAUAAAAUUUAUUUUGUUUAAUAUUUAAGUAUUUCAAAGACUUUAAAUGAAGAAGAUGAAAAUAUUUGUAUGGAUGUGAAAGCUAUUAAAAAAAUUAUUAAAUAAUUUCUAGAAUUAUAUUAAGAUGAAAGAAUUUAGAAAUUGUUAGAAAAUUUAAAAAAAGUAAGUAAUAUAAAUAAUAAAAAACAAUUUAAAGACAUGAUUGAAAUAGUUAAUCAAUUUAUUAAAGAGUAAGCAUUUAAAAUCUAAAUUUAGUUUUGUUGAUAUAUCUAAAUAAACAAUAACGAAAAAGAAGAAUGAGGAUAAAGAGAAGAAUGAGGAUAAACAAUAAAAAGAGAAAAAAGAAGAUGCAGAAAAGAAAAAGAAAAAAGAGGAUAAAGUAAAAAAAGAGAAGAUAGAUGAAGAAAUUGAAGACUAUAAUAAAUAUCAAAAAUAAAGAUAUUUUUGUGAAAAAGAAUUGCUUAUUUAAUUGGAUGAAAUAUUAAAAUUAAAUAUUCAAUUUGAAGAAAAUAUAGUAUAACCAACUGAAUAAGAAAUAUAAUAACAAAAAAAUUAUAAAGAAUAAACACUAAAAAUCUAAUAAUACUUCUUAAGUUAUUUUUAACCUUUAUUUGUGAAAUAAUUCUAAUAAUAUUAUGGAGAUAAAUUAUAAAACUCUUAUUUAAUAACAGGAAUUACAAAAAAUUAAUAUUAUGAAUUACUAAAAAAGUAUAUAGAAAAAGAAAGGUAAAGAGCAAAUAGAGCAUUUGAAUCUAUUGAUAAAACAAUUAAAGAAUGCUUAACUUAAUCAAAAUUAAUCAAAGAAAAACUACUUUAAGAUUUUAAAUUUUAGAUUGAUGAUAUACCUUAAGACUAAAUCUUUGAAAUAUUUUUAAAGUUUUUUAUUAAGAAUUCAUUAGAGUUGCAUUUAUAAAAAUAAAUUACAAAUAAAGUAUAAGAUUAAUCAAAAUAAGAAUCAUUUACAGCUAAUAGUUUAUCAUAAGAUGUAAUUGAAAUUUAGGAUGAAGAAUAAUUUAAAGUUUAUGACUUAUCAAAAGAAGGAUCAUACAAAGAAGUGAAUUAAAAAGUCUAAGAUGAUGUUAUUAAAUUUAUUAUAGAUCAUUAUGAAUUGGAAUAAUCAUUGAGAUGCUUAUAAUUGAAUGAGGAAUUAUUAUGA